AGUACUGGGAGAGCCAGUUGCUCAAAUUGAAAAGCAUCCCGAACAAGAGAAUUCAAGAUGUUCUAAAAAUAAGUUAUGAUGGGUUAGAUAGAAAUGAGCAGAGCUUCUUUCUGGAUAUUGCAUGUUUCUUUGCGGGAGGAACCAUAUUUAUAAUUGAAAAAAUAAUAGAAAGUUUUGGUUUCUUUGCGAGAUGUGGAAUAAGGAGUCUCAUUGAUAAAUCUCUCAUAACCAUUUGUUAUGGCCAAGUAGAAAUGCAUUACUUACUAAAACAAAUGGGAAAGGAGAUUGUGAAUGAGGAAUGCAAACAGCCUGGAGGACAGGAGAUUGUGAAUGAGGAAUGCAAACAGCCUGGAGGACGUAGUAGGUUGUGGAAUCCUGAGGACAUUUCUCAUGUAUUCAAAACAAAUACAGGAACUGAUAAAAUUGAGUGCAUUUUGCUUGAGAUAUUGAAUGGUGGAGCUAUUAGGAUAAAUUCCAAAAGUUUCAUGAAGAUGCCUAAUCUUAGAUAUCUCAGAAUCUUUUAUUCCAAAUGUAUUUUGGCUGAUGGCCUUGAUUUUCUUCCAGAAGAGCUAAGAUAUUUACGUUGGAACGGUUACCCUUUGAAAUCGUUGCCGUUGAACUUUUGCCCAAAUAACCUUGUACAACUUCACUUGCCUGGCAGCCAACUCAAACAACUGUGGGAUGGAGAUAAGAUAUUUGUAUUUGGUGUAAAUGAACUUAUAACAUAAUAAGAUGUAGUUUGAUAAUAACUUAUACUUA